GGACUGGGGAGGUACCGCGCUUCCGGAGCGCCGCGGAGACCCGGGUGGCAGCUCAGGCGGACCGGGCCGCGCGGCUGUUGACCUACCAAAGAUUUCUAGACAAAAUAAAACAGGGGAAAUGUGCUAGACUCAAGGAUGAUGGAUCCGUGUUCAGUUGGAGUCCAGCUUCGUACCACUCAUGACUGCCAUAAAACCUUUUACACUCGGCACACAGGUUUUAAGACUUUACAAGAAUUGUCAUCCAAUGACAUGCUUUUGCUUCAGCUUAGGACUGGAAUGACGCUUUCUGGGAAUAAUACAAUUUGUUUCCAUCAUGUAAAAAUUUAUAUUGACAGAUUUGAGGAUUUGCAGAAGUCAUGCUGUGACCCAUUUAACAUACACAAAAAGCUAGCCAAAAAGAAUCUGCAUGUAAUCGACUUAGAUGAUGCCACUUUUCUGAGUGCAAAGUUUGGAAGACAGCUUGUACCUGGUUGGAAGCUUUGCCCAAAAUGUACCCAGAUCAUCAAUGGAAGUGUGGAUGUUGAUCCAGAUGACCGCCAGAGACGGAAGCCUGAGUCAGAUGGAAGAACUGCUAAAGCUCUGAGGUCACUACAGUUUACAAACCCAGGAAAGCAAACUGAAUUUGCUCCAGAAACUGGCAAAAGGGAGAAAAGGAAGCUAACCAAAAAUUCCAGCGGUGGUUCUGACAGACAGAUGAUUCCAGCUAACAGUAAAGUGUACGACAGCCAGGGCCUGCUGAUUUUCAGUGGCAUGGACCUCUGCGACUGCCUGGAUGAGGACUGCCUGGGAUGCUUCUACGCCUGUCCCACCUGUGGGUCUACCAAAUGUGGGGUUGAAUGCCGCUGCGACCGCAAGUGGCUGUACGAGCAGAUAGAAAUUGAAGGAGGAGAGAUAAUCCAUAAUAAACAUGCUGGGUAAUUGAUAGUAUCAAACUCUGGGGUCUUUAAAACUCCUCUCUCUCUCUUUCUAAAAUUCUAUUGCUUUGAGGGGCAGUUAUAGCCUAGUUGUUGAAAACUAACCCCAGAACACCUCAGGAUGAAGUUGCUUGCAUUUGGGGUGCAUUACAGUUUUUUAUUUGAUGUAAAUUUAGAUGGCUUGUUUUUUACUUUAAGCCUGUGGGGCCAGUCCAACAAGUGUAGGUAGUUUGCAGUUUUUACGGUUCCCAUAUUCACAAAUUUCAGUUGAAUCUUGCUCAUCUAAUAGCAGCCUAGUGGAGAUUGGAGUUUACCUCAGUGCAUCGUUAGCUGCUCAGAGUUUGAACUCUCCAGUGUGGAAGGAAGGGUGUGCUCAGUUCUAAGGAUAUGCUUAGCAGCUGUGCUCUAUCUGCUCUGCGCCAAUCAUGAGCUGCUUCUACUUUCUGCCAGUGGUUGCUCUCUGUACACCUGUUAUUUAAUUUACUUACAGCAAAGCAUAUGGUCUGUUAUCUCCCUGUCACCCAUAUGAUAUUUUACAAAAGUGAUCACCCAAAUAAUUGACCAGCAAAGAUGAAAAUGCAGCAAGGAAAUGAGCAGUGGCAGUUCUGGAAGUGAAAUUUGGAUCAGUCGUAAAUGGAACGAUAGAUGUCAUCGCUGGUCGUGGGAGUGUUGAUGCCAUUGCUGUUCUGGAGACUCAUGUGCAUCACGGGAACCGGUGAUGGAGACUCAACCACAUUGCUGAGAAAUGUGGCUGCGAUGAUCAGGACUGUCCUGAGAGAAGCAUGGGAAACACUUCACAUUAAAAAAGCUAUUCAUUGUAAAUAACUAUUUCACAGCAUUGAAAUGGUCAGAAAGAUUUCUGUUUAAUAUCUUAUUAACAGGUAAAACACUGUUGAGACUACUUUUGGGCAAUGAAAUAAAAUUCUCAAUACAUAAACUUUAA